UUCUACCAUCUGUCUCCCGCAACGAUCGGAUUUGGUCCACCAAAAUCAAAAUCUUUUAGAAAAUUAUAGGAAAAAACUUAUCUUAAAUUUCAUUGCUGAAGGACGAGGCCGAAUCGGGGCUCCGAAUUGUAACUCUAGGGUUCAAAAGCUCCCGACAACUGGAUUCCUGGAGACGUGAAGCGCAAAAGGAGUUAGGCUUUUGUGGUAUUGAAUCCAGUUUUGGUUCCAUAAUCUGACAAAUGGAUAUGCACGAAGAAUAUCGAACUCAACAUAGAAGGCUAGAGAAUCCUGAGAGUGAAAGCUCUGUGAGUCAAGAAAUUGUCAAAACUGAGGACUUUGUUUCUAAAAUAUCUCUUCAGGACACUGAAGAGUGUGACAAAAAUUAUUGUCUUAAGAGUGAAAAACACGAGUCCGAAGAGAGUGGGGUUGCGUCAUCUCAAUACAGCUUUACGGAGAAAUAUGAAAGGAAGGGUGACAUUGGCCAAGGGCUUAAAACUGAAGAAUACGCUUCUGAACAUUUGAAUCAAAAUGGAACUUUUUUGUGCCAUCACCUGGCUGAGUCUACAGCUUCUGGGAUAGAGCUACCUCCUAGCUCAGAGAAGAAGAGUCAUGAGAAUGGAGACCCCUCAGUAGCUAAAACUGAGAAUGGAGAAUGUGAAGCCAAUUUACCUCAGGGAACAUGCAAGGAAAACUAUGAGGAUAACUUCUCUGUUGAUCAGCAGAUAGACAGAGCGAGAGAUUCUUAUACAGAAUCAUAUCAAAGCACAAUAGAAGAUAAUCCAAAUAAAUCUCCUCAAAAGCAAUGCAAGUACUUCUCUUAUGAUGCACCACUUUAUGGCGAAACUGGGAUUUGGAUACCUGUUUCUGUUCCUCCCUUGUCAGAAAGUGACCAUGAAGAGUGGACUAGAGGUUUCUUCUCAAAAGAGGAAUACUUUCCUGAAGAAGAUAUGGGUAGCAUUGAGUGCUUCGGGGAAGAUAAAGAGUUAACCAUGUGGGAUGUAGUGGUGGAAAUGUUGUUGGUGGCAAGGGGGAAAGUCAGUACUUUAACCUCAGGUGAUAUUUGCAAUAUUUCAUGGAUAUCCGGCCACCUCGUGGAGCAGGCUUGGAAAGAGAUGGCUCAAACUCUCACAGAGGCUAAUUUUGGUACUACUCGAGAACUUCUUGAGGCAGAGCCACCCAAAUGGCUGCCUGAUAGUGCAGCUUCUUCCUGUAUGCUGUGUAGUGUUCGGUUUCACCCUAUCAUGUGCAGCAGGCAUCACUGUCGCUUUUGUGGAGGAAUAUUUUGUGGUGACUGUACUAGAGGAAGGAGCCUAUUGCCUGAGAAGUUUCGCACAGAACAACCACAGCGAGUGUGUGAUGUAUGCUCUGUACGUCUUCAGUCAGUCCAGGCAUACUUAAUGGAUCAAGUAAGCCGUGCUGCACAGUUGCCAACCCAUGAUUUGACAGAUCUCAGCACACUAAGGUCCUGGAUAAAUUUCCCAUGGGGACAGUCAAUGGAGUAUGAAAUUUACAAGGCUACCAACACAAUUCGGAGCUAUAAUAUGGUUGGUUCUUUGGGGCAUGAGAAGAGAAUUCCAGAAGCUAUUCUUCGUGGUGCUCAUGGCCUUGCAAUACUCACAGUAGUGAAAGUUGGAGUUAUGGUUACGUACAACAUUGGAACUGGACUGGUAGUUGCUCGGAGGGAAGAUGGCUCGUGGUCUCCCCCCUCAGCCAUUUCUUCUUUCGGUGUGGGAUGGGGUGCUCAGGCUGGAGGAGAGCUGACUGACUUCAUAAUUGUUCUGCGAAGUAAUGAUGCUGUGAAGACAUUUAGCAGUGAGGCACAUAUUUCAAUUGGAGCAGGCGCGAGUGCAGCUGCAGGAGUCAUUGGACGAACUGCUGAAGCGGGUGUACGUGCUGGUACUGGAGGCUAUUCUGCUUGCUAUACAUAUAGCUGCAGUAAAGGUGCCUUUGUCGGAGUUUCUCUAGAAGGGAGUGUGGUGACAACUCGGUCCCGAGAAAACUCAAGAUUCUAUGGCAGCCAGUCAGUAAGUGCCGCCGACAUUCUUCUUGGCUCAUGGCCGAGACCACCUGCUGCAGCCACCCUUUACCGCGCACUGGCAGAGUUAUACCAGAAGCUUUGAGGAGUGCUGCUGAUUCCCAUUCCUUUAAGGAUAUGUAAAUAGUUGUGUUGAUUUCAACUGUAUAGCAAUUCUUUAGUUGAAUGUAAAAUUGUAAAUAGCCUCCCUUGACUCAAAUACUCUAUAUUGUGUGCAGUGCAGAAUUUGCAGGAAUGACUCCAACGAGUCUUCACUGAUAAA